AUGCAGCACCUCCCGAUCCAUCAGCUCAUACUCUGGCGCCAUCCUCUCCAUUGCCUCCCAAUCCAGCAACUCACACUCCAGGACCCCCUGUUCCAGAGAGUCUGGAAUCUCCCACUCUACUGCCUCCCUAUCCAGCAACUCUCAUUCUGGCGCAUAUUGUUCCAUGCCUCACAAUCCAGCAAUUGCUGUUCUGGUGCCUCUCGCUCCAGCACAUCAAAAUCCAUCCAUUCCCACUGCAAUACAUCCUGCUCCAGCAUCUCCCAAUCAAGCAAAUCCCACUCUGUUCCAUCACCUACCAAUACAGCGACUCCUACUCCAGCAGCUCCUGCUCCUGUUCCUCAAAAUUCAGCAAAUGCUGCUUCAGCAUCUUCUGCUCCAGCACCUCACAAUACAUCUCCUAGCACUGCAGUACCUUCUCUUCCAGCAUUUCCCAAUCCAGCAUUUCCCACUCCACAGUCUUCUACUCCAGCUCCUCAGAAUCCCACAACUCCUUCUCUGGUGCCAACUGUUCCAGUGUCUCAAAAUCCAGCAACUACACUCGGACUCCUCCUGCACCAGCGCCUUAUAAUCCUGAAAUUCUUGCCCUGGUGCCCUUCCACUCCAGCGUCUACAAGUCCUACAACUCCAGCUCUGGCGCCUCCUGCUCCAGUGCCUCCAAUUUCAGCAACUCUUGCUCCAACAAUUUAUGCUCCAUCAAUUCAAAAUUCAGCAUCCCUUGCUCCAUCACCUGCCAAUCCUGCACCAAGUGCCUCUUUGCCUUCUGUUCCAUUGCCUCCCAAUAGAGACUCUCCUGCUCUGGAUCCUUCUACUCUAGUGUCUCCCAAUCCAGAAACUGCAACUCUGUCUCGUUCCAGUCCAGCACCUUCGAAUCCAGCAACUCUGGCUACGGACUUCAAUCAACUUCGUAGCACUGGUCACCAGGGCUGUGAGCUGCGCGACGAGGUUGGCCAGGUCGGCGGUGGAGGCAGCUGGCGCGGCCCCGGCGCUGGAGGGGGGAGGCGUGGCUACUUCGCUGUGAGAGCCCACCUGGGGCUGCUCGACGGACGGUGCCAAGCGCUGGGUACCCACAGGGCGACGACCCCCGCGCCGGCGGUUGGAGGGGCGCGGUCCGGCUGA